AUGACCCAACCCAACAUCAAUCUCUCCACAUCCAUCAAAGUCACCUGCAUUCAUUUAACACAAAAGUAUACAACACGACAAGCUCUGUUACCACCAGAAUACUUUCAGGGGAAACCUCCACCACCUGACAAAAUUGGUCCCUUACUCGCCGCCCGUGUUGGACCUUUCCAACAUCGGCUCCCUUCAACUCUUCUUUUAGCCUCAUUCCGCCACUGCUUCUCAGGGAAGUACUACCAGCACCAGUACCACAGCCAGUGCCGCGGUAAAGUCACGUUAAAACGCCCUGAGGCUUGCGGAAUUAGAGAACUGGAGAAAUCCCUGGGCCCGGGUAACGCGCGGUUGUUGUCUACGUCAGCUCUCCGCGGUCUUUUGGUCCGGCCUCCACCUGCACCUGUAUCUGUAGCAGCUGCAUCUGUAUCUAGAGCACAGCGCAGGGAGAUGAGGAUAGCUACGCUGCAGAUUGCCUCUCGGCUGGGCGAUGUCGAGGGGAAUGUUAAGAGGGCUGAUGAGUUGCUGAGGAAUGCCGUGAUUAGGGUUUCUGAUGAUGCAGCGAGCGUUCCAGUUGGUGUUGAGCAGGCGAAGUUGGAUAUCUUGGUUUUGCCGGAGCUGGCUCUGACGGGUUACAACUUUCCUUCACUAGAAGCUAUAAAGCCAUACCUUGAACGGUCUGGCCAAGGACCAUCAGCCGCCUGGGCGCGUGAAACUGCCAAACGCUUGAAGUGCAAAGUCUGUGUUGGUUACCCAGAGGUGGAGAUCGAAAAUGGUCACAGCGGGCAGCCUGGAGAGAAGUACUACAACUCUCUCCUUGUCGUCGACGAACAAGGCAACGUCCUCGUCAACUACCGCAAAACGUUCCUCUACUACACCGACGAAACAUGGGCGAGCGAAGGGAGCUCCGAGCUUGGAUUCCAUCAACUCACGUUCCCAGAGGCAAACGCUGUCUCCUUAAGAGCUAGAGCGGAGGGAGAAGCCGCUAUCCUCCCCCCCUCUGAAAGCAAUGAUGGCAAAGUCGGAAAUGAAAUCGCUACGUCUUUCGGUAUAUGCAUGGACAUCAACCCCUACCGGUUUGAAGCCCCAUACACGGCCUACGAAUUUGCACAUCGUGUCCUUGAUUCGAAAUCUCAGCUGGUCAUUCUCUCUAUGGCAUGGCUAACCCUACUGAGUCGCGAAGAGCUUGACGCUCUCGCUGGACUACCGGAUCAGGAUACAUUCAAUUACUGGGUUCAGAGAUUCAUGCCCCUGAUCCGGAAACAGAUGGCUCAUACAACCAAUGCCGAUGGCAGUACGGAAGAUGAUAGCGCAGAAAAGAAUAUCAUCAUUGUAUUCGCGAACCGUGCAGGCGAGGAAGCCGGCACUCCCUCCGUGGCUCGGUACGCGGGAACCAGUACCAUCGUUGCUAUUUCCCAGCGGCCCCGGCCCAGGGCCAGUGAUCAGUUAUCUGAUGAGCAGGAGGAGCAGGCCCCGUUUGACGUGAAGGUUCUAUGCUGGGAUAUGCUUGGUGCAGCGGAAGAGGGGGUUUGUUUUGCGGAUACAAGAACCGAUCCGAAGAUGGUUUUUCAGUUGGUUAAAGCGUCUAAAUAG